AUGACGGAGCGACGUAAGCUAAAUGUACGUGAGUUGCUUGAAUUAGAACGACAGAUUUACCAGGAAAGCAUUGAUCGGGUACUAGAACAACAAGAAAAACUGAAUAAAGGUAUAUUAGAUGAAUUUAUACGGCGGUGUAAACCGUUUGAGACGGAUAAAGAGCGGGAACUGCAAGUGGCACAAUAUCAAUAUGAAUUCUCGCAACAAGACGCAUUGAGUCUAUUUGAAUUUGAUGUGCAGCAAGCUCAUGAUGUUUAUCGCUCGGAUCGACAACAACUUCAGCAUAAGUUGCUGGAAAGAAUACGACGACAACGACGGCGAAUUGAAAAGAGACUCCAGAUGGUGGAUCAACAAGUUCUUGACACGAGCAACUUAAAAAAGAAAACGAGACAGAGGGAUCAUGGAAUACAAGUAGAAAAACUCGAGCCAAAGUUGCUUGAACAACAAUUACGACAAGCGCAACAGAAAACAAGGACAAGUUUUAAUUUUCGACACCUGUCGAAAGGAAUAUUGCCAACACCUGAACGAAUUGUGGAGAGUGUUGUCGAGGAGUGUACAAAGCUACAACGGAAUCGAGAACGUGAAGAAGCAUGGAAAAUGGAAGAAGAGGAAAGGGUGGAGCAACGAAGAAAAGUGGUGGUUAAUGCAGACACACAAGAGUUGCUGUAUCAUGGAUCGUUUGAAGAGAAUGGAGAGAUGAUGGAUGAAACGUUUCGUGUUGGAGAUGCAGUGAUGCUAGUAUCGAGGUUGACCGAGGAAGAUUUUCAUGGAUUUGUGUCGGCAAUUACAAUGGAUGAGGUGAAAUUGGUGCUAGUGUGUGGAACUCAUGUACGCGUGACAAUUGCUCGACUUCGUUGUGGACAGUGUACACUACGAAAGCAGACAAAAGCAAGCGAGUUAUCUAUUGAGAAACGAGAAGAUGAAUUUUUAGUUGAAGAUGCUACCAAUCUUGAGGAGCUGUUACGGGAUCCACCAGAUGCUCGACGACAUGCUGCUGCAAUCAUGAGUCAACUCAAGCGAAAGACAACAACUGAUGCCCGGCGUGGCUUUUAA